AACCCGCACAGCAAAGUGUAGGACUGUUGGUUCGAAAUUUGCGAUAAAUAGACCCUGUAGAUCAGAUCGACCCUAGUUUCUUCCUGUCUUCCCCACCCAAUCCAACACUGUUCCAGAAACCCUACACACUGCAAACAAACUCCCCUCAAAUCCAAGCAGCAGAACAAGCCAAUCAAAUCAAAUUCCAUGGCGGAGCACCUGGCAUCAAUAUUCGGCACCGAGAAGGACCGCGUUAACUGCCCCUUCUACUUCAAGAUCGGCGCCUGCAGACACGGCGACCGCUGCUCUCGCCUCCACAACCGCCCCAGCAUCUCCCCCACCCUCCUCCUCGCCAACAUGUACCAGAGACCCGACAUGAUCACCCCCGGCGUCGACCCACAGGGCCAGCCUAUCGAUCCGCGCGAGAUUCAGCAGCACUUUGAGGAUUUCUAUGAGGAUAUCUUCCUCGAGCUUUCGAAAUUCGGCGAGAUUGAGACGCUCAAUGUCUGUGAUAACCUUGCCGAUCACAUGAUCGGCAAUGUUUAUGUGCAGUUCCGGGAGGAGGAUGAGGCUGCCAAGGCGCUUGCCGCGCUGCACGGGAGAUUUUACUCCGGGCGGCCGAUCAUUGCUGAAUUCUCGCCUGUUACUGAUUUCCGUGAGGCGACUUGUAGGCAGUAUGAGGAGAAUAGCUGUAACCGCGGUGGUUACUGCAACUUCAUGCAUGUUAAGCUGAUAGGUAGGGACCUGCGGAGGAAGCUUUUUUCAUCGCACUCUUUCAGGAUUAGGAGCAGGAGUCCGGUUCGUCGGAGCAGGAGCAGGAGUCCGCCCCGACGCAGAGGGAGUAUGGAUCGCGAGAGGCGUCAUAGGGACAGGGAUUAUGAUUCUCGAGGGAGGAGGAGCAGUGAUAGGAGAAGCAGUGAUAGGGAUGGUGGGGGAAGGAGGAGGCAUGGUGGGAGUCCGGCGAGGGAAGGGAGCGAAGAACGGCGAGCCAGGAUCGAGCAAUGGAAUCGAGAAAGGGAAGGGAAGCUGGAGUGAAUUCCUAUUUUCAUCUACGGUACCAGAGGGAUUGAUUAUGCAGCAGAUGUUCUUGAGAUGUAGGAAUUGCACUUCAAGGAUUAGCAAGGUUGGGGUUUGAACUCCUUUUGUAAGACUACAUGUUGCUGUUAUUAGGUAUUAUUAAACAUUUAUGUUUACAUGUGAGACUGGAAUCAUUUUCUUUGCACCCCUAUUCAAUUCAGGCAGGUCCAUCUGUGGAUUUUAUAACAGGCUUUCUUUGUUGUCUUUUCAGCACUAUAGGUAUGUAAAAGCAUGUUUCAGAGAAAUGUUUGUGCUGAAUCCAAGUGCUAAAUACUGUACAAAUUUGAGACAACUAAGAUGGCAACUUCUGGUUUGUUAUUAUUGUCUUGGGAGUUCUGCCACUUAAACUAUAGUGGUGUUUGAGCUCCGGAUCCUGUGGCCAACAUAUGGCUUAGUCUUUGCUAUCAUCUAUGCUUACUCCUAGGUUUUUAUGGA